CAGCAUCAUCUCUUAGCAGCUAUCUCCCUCGGCUCGAGAUCAUUGGGCAGGAUCCCCGCACUUGCGCGCUUUCCAAUAUAUUGUAUGUAUAGUUCAAUGGCUGUUUGUUAUCUAGUUAUAGGCAAGGUGCAAUUGAAUCGAAGAUAGACGAGGUAACCUGCAUAUCAAAUAAAUGAGUCAUCUGUGACGAAAUAAAAGUGUAUACGAGGAAUGACGGAGGGAGGAAGAGAGAAAAGGGAAAGAAGAGAGAGAAUCGACAGAGUCCAAUGAGCAGUGACAGGUGACAAGAACGGGACGCGUUACUGGCACAGGCGCUGCGCGCGCCAUGUUAAGAGGCAUUUCUGGUUUCAUCGCGGGGGCGGAGGCGAGGGCGAGAGGCGAGACGCAAACCGUUCCGCUUUACCGUCAAGCGUCAAGAUCCGCAAAGGUCCCUUUCGCUUUCCGUCUCUCUCCAUGUCUCGAUUCGCGUGACGCGUGACUAGGACGGGAGACUCGAUGAAUGCCGGAGGAGAGAUAAUAGUGCGGUAAUAGUGCGAUUCGCCAGAGUGUGAGAGAGAAAAAAAAAGUGUCAAUGCCACGAACUAGCGCGGAGAAAAGUGACGGUGUGACCGGCAAAGGCAAAGGCAAAGGCAAAGGUAAAGGCAAAGGUAAAGGUAAAGCAUCGAGUGACUGCGCGUCCUCUCGUACCUCUCAUACUCGGUGCAAGAUCAAGCCGGUGGACGAUGCUCGGCUCGUACAUUGUCGACUCGGCGCUUACUCCAAGCGCCCCGUUCGCCCGACGGAAAUCUCAUUUCAAGCAAGAGCGAAGCAUCCGCGGCACGGACGGAUCGCGCAGUUGACGCGAACGACGCGAAUGACGCGCCUGGACAACUCGGACGCCGCGGUUGUGGACGCGAGGUGGAGGUUAUCUAGAGGCUGCUAGAGUAAAUUAGAGCGAAAAAUAAGGGGCAACGACGCGUCGGACGGCCCGGUUAAAGGUUGUGAAUGCGUUUCAACAAGAGAGUACGUUGCCGCCGUCGUCGUCGUCGCCGCCGCCGUCGUCGUCGUCGUCGUGGCGGUCGCAGUCGCCGUUGCAGCUGCGGCUGCCCCGAGGAAACGAUAACCAUCACCGAUGAGUAGAGUGUACGACGCAUCGAGUCGCGUCGAGUUGGGUGCGUGCCGCGAACAGACCGAUCAGCAACCAGUGCGAUAAUGUCCGAGUACGAGGAUGACGCCCGGAUGUUAGAUACGUCCGCACGCGAGCAGCGAAAACGGAACGGAGAAGAAAGAUAAAGGGAAAGAGUAAGAGGCUGUGGCCGAUUGGCGUGUGAGGUGCAUCGGGCGCACUGGCACGCUAGAUCUGGCUAGAUUGCGUGGUGCGGCGAAUAUCUAUAGGCCUAAAGAGGCCUUCGCUUUUGCCUGCCCCUUGCCCCUUGCCCGCCCCUCGCCCUUUGCUUCGCUUCUAGAAAAUGAACUUCAUGUUAUAUACUCUUUACGUCUUCGCGAUAUUCUUUAUGAUAUUCUGGUCAGGCAUGUGGGUCGUGCACGUGCUGGCGUUGAUCGCCGGCCGCUGGAAGCUACAUCGCAAGAUGAAUCAAGCGCCGAGUUACGAGACGCCGUUACCGGGGGUUUCCGUCAUAAAGCCCUUGAUGGGAGUCGAUCCGAAUCUCUUUGGCAAUCUCGAGACCUUCUUCAUCAUGGAGUAUCCCCGAUACGAGCUUCUAUUUUGCGUGGAGGACGAUUCCGAUCCCGUGCUCAUGCUGGUGCGCAAACUCAUGGAGAAAUAUCCGGAAGCCGACGCCAGACUCUUUGUCGGUGGAUGCAACGUGGGGGUAAAUCCCAAGAUCAACAAUAUGCAGCCGGCAUACGAGGCCGCCAAAUAUGAGCUCGUGCUUAUCAGCGAUAGCGGUAUACGCAUGAAGGAGGACACUCUGCUGGAUAUGGUGAAUCAUAUGACGGAUAAAGUGGCCCUCGUUCAUCAGAUGCCGUUCACCUGCGAUCGCGAGGGUUUCGCCGCCGCGUACGAGAAGAUCUUCUUCGGUACGGUACAAUCCCGGAUGUACCUGGCCGCGGACUUGCUUAGGAUAAAUUGUCAUACCGGCAUGUCGGCCCUACUGAGGAAGUGCAUUCUCGACGAUGUCGGUGGUUUGAAAGCGUUCGGCAUCUAUCUCGCCGAAGACUUUUUCUACGCCAAGUCGUUGACCGAUCAUGGCUGGCACAUCACCGUCUCCUCGCAACCAGCGUUACAAAACAGCGGUCAUUGCGAGGUCACGUCCUUCCAAGCGAGACUACGACGAUGGGCCAAGCUGCGGGUGGCCAUGCUACCCACCACCAUCGUUUUCGAGCCGCUCAGCGAAUGCCUCAUCCUGGGCGGCUUCGCUUCCUGGGCGGCUAGCGUGCUGUUCGAAUGGGAUUCUCUAGUUUUUUAUCUAGUGCACGUACUCUUGUGGUUUAUGUUCGAUUGGACGCUACUGUGCGUCGUGCAAAACGGUCCGCUGCCCUUCAAUAAACUCGAAUUUGUGUGCGGUUGGUGGCUCAGCGAGAUUACGAGACCGUAUCUUUUCCUUCAGGCUGUUUUGGAUCCUCUUAUACAGUGGCGUUCGCGCGUAUAUAAGCUCAAAUGGGGCGGCGUCGCUGAAGAAGUUAAGGCGAAAGUCAAAUAUUAAAAAAUCUACACCCUGUAUGCGUCUGUCUGUGUGUGUGGGUGUGUGUGUGUGUGUCAAAUUAAACAGAGAAGCAGAGGCAACGUUCCCCACUUAUUUGACUUAUUAACUUUAAUCAACUAAUUAUUAUAGUUAUUAACGUUAAUUAACUAAUAAAUUUUCAUAUUAGGUAUAAUUCCAGUCACAUCGCAGCUUUUAGUUUAUCCUUCUUUCAGUAAAAAAAAAAAAAAAAAAAAAGUUUUUUUUUUUAUUUUAAUUUAUAACCGAUAAAGAAUCGAAACAAAAACUUUUGCAAACUUGAAAUUGAUUACAUUUUUAUUUGCGAUUUAAUUACCAAAGUAUAUUGGUAGCUUGACUGAAAAAAUUCAAUGGGUUCCGAACAAAUAAAAUUGUCAUAAUAUAAUAUAUAUGCGAAAUAAUUCGGAUGCCUCGCUUACGCAUACGUUAUACGAUUAUUGUUAUACGCGUUUUACAAUUUAUCGCGCUAAUCGAUCCAGCGGGUCCAACUUUAUGAGAGGAGAAUUGAUUCUUCUUUUAAUAUAUAAUACAAAAUGUCAAGAAAUAUAUUUCAGACAAAUCGUAUAUAGAUUUUAAAUCAUUAUUAAGUUUCGUUAAAGAUUAUACGUAAAUUCAAAAGAAUAUUUUAGGAAAAAAAUGGCACAAGUCAUAGUAUUACAUUCAAUGUAAAAAAUAGAGUCAAAAGCUUACUUGCACAAAGUUAGCCGAAUCGAUCUGUACGCGUAUUAUUUCCAUCGUGUCACGAUAUGCUCAACUUAAAUAGCGAUGUGCAACGUAUAAGAUUUUUUUCUUUGUAAAGAUAUUAUUUAUUUGUAAUAGUUUUUAUAGAUACGUAAAACUAGUCGCGAAUUUUAAGUAUACAGGUCGGCGAUAUCGUUCCUUUUCGCGGCGAUCGCACGACAUUUUUGUCUUUCCACAUGCGUCGCAUUCUGUAUUAAUUAAAAUGUAUUAAGGUGCGCACGAAUAUAUGUAUUAUAGUUAAAAAGAUUAGAGAGAUAAAUAAAUAUUGCCAGAUACGAAGUCUGGAGGAGCGCGGUUUUUCGAAGGUUUUUUUAACAAUUGGAAAUAGCAGAUUGAGGAUAAACAUUCUCGUACACACACAUCUCGGUUGUAUAAAUUUAAAUUUAAAUUUAUUGUAUAAAUGUGUUCCGUGUAUGUAUGUAUGUAUGUAUGUAUGUAUGUAUGUAUGUAUGUAUGUAUGUACGUGUGUGUAAAUAUAUAUACCAUUAAUGUAUACAUAGGCACAUGUAUUUUUGUCUCGUAUCUAUUUAUUUCUCAAUUUUCUGCAGUCUUACAAAAUGCAAAAUUAUAACUGACCUAGAAACUUGGUAAAGUCUCUCGCGUGAAGUAUAUAUGUAUACGAUAAUAAGAUUACGUAAUACAUUCGUUACCGCUGAUUUAUCAAAACUGUACUCACGCUGUACUUAACGUUGGAUACACAUAUGUUUGUAUAUAGUAAACAUCAAUUAUCUGGGCACCGAUAAUCCAAAUAUUGAUUCCUUCAACGAUCGACGUUCGCGAAUGUGCGCGUAUGUAUACGUGUGUAUAGAAAAAUUCUCUUAAUUUACAUUAAAAUCAUUGAUACAAUUUUUUUAUAUAAUGUUUACAUGUUUACAUUGCUUUAUUUAAUACAUUUUUUUUGUUUGGAAAAUUUUUAUUUGGUUUGCGGAUAAUCUUGAUAACAUAUCUUUCUUUAUCAUUGCCUUUCUCAGCUUAUCCCGAUAAUCGAUGUUUUUUUUAUACUUUUGUCACAAUUACUAGGAACGAGCCUUCCAUAAUGCGCUUGCGACAUUCGUUUAAAACUCGAAUAACGCACAGUUAGAACGAUAUAUAAGGCCCCGACUUAAUCUCCCGAAUUUAUAAACGAGUAACUAUUAUUGGAGUCCCGCAAACGUUAGGCUCUCUCUCUGUACACGUUAUUACGAAACUUUCAAAUAAAGCAGAAGCAAUAAAUACCAAUUAA